AUGGCAACGGCAGAGAAGCCUGCGGUUCAGCCGCCAGCGAAGAAAGGACCAGGUUUCGUUGACUCAUUCUGGUCGAGCGACUAUGCUGGUGGUUUGGGGGUGCUUUUCACAAAGCUACAGCAGGGUGUGAUAGAAAACCAGCAAGUGCUUACAAUUGCCAGCAUGCGCGUUGAGGCAGAAGAAAUGUAUGCUGAGCGCUUGGGCGAUAUUGCGCCAACGAUUGAUCGGAUGAAUGGAGGCUUUGGCAGAGACGACGGUGCUAGUGUGCGGAAGGCUUAUGAAGGUGUUCGCGGCGAGAUGGUCGAAGCUACCAAGAACCACCAGAAGAUCGCAUCCAACAUCCGCGAGCUUGUGGUUAAUCCUUUCUCCCGAUGGUGCGAUGCUCAUGCGCAACGUAUACAAAACUCUCAAGACGACUUACAAGGCAAGAUCAAAGCACAUGAUAGACAGGCCGAGGCGGUCAAGAAAUUGCGCGCAGCGUACUUCAACAAGUGCCGCCUAGUCGAAGAUCAGGAAGAGGAGAACAAAUUUGCUUUUCAGGAUCCGCAGACGGAGAAGGGUAAAGAGAAGGCAGCAGAUAGCCCAAGGCCUUCGAUUAGCCCUCCACCGACCAUCAUUGUAAAUGAGGCCACUAGUGAGCUGCCUGUUGAGAUCGGCGACGUGACCUAUCCGCCAGAAGAGUUGAAGAAGCUCCUAGCUCGUAUGCUGGAGAUAAUUCCAUUGGGUCCAACCAAAGUGCCUAUUCUGGGUGUUUAUGAGAAUACAAGUUCUGGAAGCGAGAUUACGAAAUACAUACAACAGCAUAUGGGUGCGUCGAACAUCGAGUAUGCUGAAAAGAUUGGCCAAGAUCUAGUUGAUCGCGGUUUUCUACGUUUGAUUGGAAAUGUUGGUCAAGAAUUCUCGAAUAGCACUAAGCGGAAAUACCAGUGGCGACCAAGGGCUUUUGAAGUUAGCGGAGUACCAGAUAGAAAGAAAGGACUCGGCAGAGCUAGCACAGUAAGCAGCUUGGAUGGCAACACGGCAGACUCACCUGUUGCUGGGAUUACUGAAACACUGAACGCUUGGAAUCCGCUGAAUAAUCCUUACCCAAACGAAACACCACCUGAAAGACUGCGACGAGAAGCACGAGAAUCAGACGAGAGAUAUAAAGCAGGAAUAGUCAAACUCGACCUCUUGAGAUGUGAGCUGGAGGAGACCAUGAUGACGCAUUUGAAAUUUCUAGAACGAUGCGAAACAGACCGGCUAAAGGCCAUCCGGUCUGUUAUAUUGGACUUCUCUGGCGCUAUCAGCAACAGUAUACCUUCGUUUCAGAGCCAGGUCGACCAUAUGAUGCUAUACCAGGAGACCAUAAACCCUCUAGGUGAUCUUCGAUAUCUGCUCGAAAAUUACAAGACUGGACCUUUUAUUCCAAAGGUUACACCAUACGAGAACUAUUAUGGUAGUGUUGACGACCAGGUGUUUGGUGUUGAUCUCGAGGCACGAGCAAGAGCAGACAAGAAAAGAGUGCCUGUGAUAGUGACUGCUAUCCUAACUUACCUCGACAACCGCUAUCCUGAUCUUGAUGGAGAUGAGGCUAGGAGAAGUAUAUGGUUGGUUGACGUGCCUCUGGCGGCUACACACCAUUUGAGAAAUGCUAUCAAUCAAGGCGGAGCAGUAUCGAAGGAACUCCUCGAACGAUAUGAAAUUCCCAUUGUAGCAAGUGUUCUGAAGUUGUACUUGCUUGAAUUGCCUGAUUCACUUGUUUCGUCUCAAGUCUACGAAAUUAUCAAAACAAUCUAUGACACAACAUCAGAUGCCACACCAAAUCCGAUCUCCUCAGAGUCAGUCGACUCAGCACCACGAAUCAAAGUGCUUCAAUCCACUCUCGGUCAGCUUCGUUUGAACAAUAUUGCAACUCUUGAUGCCAUGACAACUCACUUUACUCGACUCAUUGACCUCACUUCCGCCGAUGAUGAUUAUUCGAUCGCUCUUGCUCAAACUCUUGCACCCUGCGUAUUGCGACCUCGAAUAGUCAAUGCCUUAACCAUGGAAGAACGACAUCCGUACCGCUUAGUUCGUGAUCUUUUCGACCACAAGGAAGCCAUCUUUGGUGAAUUGAAGAGGCAAGCAAGUAGCGCUGCAGCAGGACCCAGGUCAGAGGUACGGCAGCGAGCUGUUUCUGCCGCAGACGAGGGCUCAAGAAGAGCAGCUAUGGAAGCCAGAGCCAGAGCUAUCAACGAAGAGAGGCAGCGCGCAAAAUCGCCAGGUCCCGGCAGCAGACAUAGACGCGAUAAAUCCACCGAUGGGAGCAUAAGUACGGGCAGGUUUCCGGUCGUAGCAUCACCGAGACCAGAUGGCGGACGUAUAUUCAGCAAUAAACGAACCAGUCUGGAGGUACCAGGAUCUGCAUCGAGCUCUCCAGUACAAACACGACACCAACCCAACGACUCAGGGUCUAGUAAUAGCAACGGUAGCACAACCCUAACUCCACCACGGACCGAAUCAACGAGCUUCAACGCUCUCACAACAGCUUCACCACCCGAUACAAUCACAAACUCAUCAAACGGUACACACGAAUCGCAGCCACGUUCCCAAGCUCGUCCCAUAUCUAUCUACGAUGAUCCAGUCGAAGCUAUCGCCGACGGCGCAAUGCCCGGCGCCUUUGGAUCCGAACCACAUAUCCUACCACCACAAGAUGACGAUGCACCUGCGCAAACUAUCGAAAACAGAUCCAGCACUGGCAGCUUGAAACGUGUCACAGGGACAACUGGUAGCGGGAGACGUGGAGCACCUUCUGGACGAUAUGGCAGCUUAAAGAGUCGGAGCAAUUUGAACCUGACAGGAGCACAGGACGAACCUCAAGGUCCGCCUGGAGUGCAACUACAGGACCGUGCUAUGGACGAUGAUUUCUCGUAG